AUGGAGGGUUCCGGCGAUCUGAAGAGGCAUCGCGAGGAGGAGAGCCCCGAGAUCUCUUCGCCUGAGGCUAAGCGCCUCCGCGAUGACCUCUUCUUCGAGGACAUUCUGGAUGGCGAUGACGCCGGCGCCGGCGAUCAGGACCUGGCGUCCGUGAUGAAGAGUCUGGAGGACGAAAUCGGACUACCGUCGCCUCUACCGACGCAGACGGAGGCGGACAUGGUGACAGGCCAGCCGGAUCUGGGGUACCUCUUCGAGGCGUCCGACGACGAGCUCGGCCUCCCCCCUGCUCCACCGAUGGCGCCGAACUCGGACGAGGCGACCGUUGUGUCGACAACUGUGGUUCAGGAGGGUGAGGUGGAAGGUAACGGAGGAUUCGACCCUAUUUGGGGCUUGGACGACGAGAUCAACGGGUACUAUGGAAUGGAGGAGUUCGGUAUGCGGCUGGAGAGACCGUUGGUGGGGACAGACGACGGCGUGGUUUUUGACGUCGGUCUGUUUGAUUUCUCGGAUAUGUCCUGGCGGUCGGAGACGCUGCCGGCGAUCUGA